CACUGAUUUCCUUUCAUGAGAACAGAAUAAUAUGAGAGAAUAUGCAGGAGCAUUUUUCUCCAAGUCAAAUUUUUAACGUUAGACCUGGUGCUGUACUGUGGAGACAACAUCUUUAUCACCUUGACAAUUUUGAAUACCAUGGAUACCAACGGUACUAGUUCUCAUGACCAAUGGCCACCUAACUUCUGGAAUCAAAUCAUAAUAGCAUUUUCAGUUUCUAUGGUCAUUGGACUCAUAAUUGGGGCCAUAAUCUGGGCCUUGUUGACUUGCCUAUCCAGCCGCAGAGCAAGUGCACACAUUUCCCAGUGGAGCACAUCAUCUUCUAACAGACAUUUCAGAGCAUCCCAUGGAAACGCUGCUACCAGGCCAGGAUUUUACCGUAAUAGCAGCUGUGAACGCCGGAGCAACCUCAGUUUAGCCAGCCUUACCUUUCAAAGACAAGCUUCCUUAGAACAAUCCAAUUCCUUCCCUAGGAAAUCAAGUUUCCGGGCCUCCACAUUUCACCCCUUCCUGCAGUGCUCUCCACUUCCUGUCGAAACAGAAAGCCAACUGAUUACUUUGGUGCCUACCAGUACUACCACAACGCUCACUGGGAGCAGCACCAACACCCUCUCUCAUCCUGACUUCCAUUGGUCCAAUAACAGCCUCCGUGUUUGCCACUCGACACAGACUCCACCUCCUGCCUAUGAUUCUAUCAUAAAGGCUUUCCCAGACUCUUGAUUUGCAUUCUUGAACAUGGAAAGAAUCUAAGUUUUAUGACUUUCUAUGGGAAGAUACAACUGAAGAUGGGUUUCACAAAAAGGAUUUCCCUGCUUUUAAGACCUUCUUUGUAUUGUUUGUAAUGAACUGAAGUACUACACUGUAUUUAUAGUUUUCUUUGCUUUGCAACUGUCCCUUUAGUUUAGAUAGUGUCAACUUAAGGGUUGGAUGGGAUGUCCUUAUGGUCCCUUCCAACUCUAUUAUUCUUUCACAAAAAAACUGACACAUUACUGAAGACAGUAACCUAAGAAUAGAUGCCCUGGUAGAUAACUGUAGCCACAGGUUUUUUUUAGGUUGUUCUUGUCCUUUUUGAAUAGGAUUUCACUUUUCAUGGUGUUGAACUCUGGAAUUUUGAUUUCUAAAAUAUCUUCUGUCUCCAUUGCUUAUUCAAAAAAUACAACUUGGUGAUACCAUGGCAACCUGUAUCUACAGGAAUUUUUAAACAGGUUUCAUAGUUUAAAAUGGUUCAAUAUUUUUAUUAUCGGUACUGUUCCAUUAUCUGGGUGGAGGCCACUAAGGGCUGCUAAAGAGAGAAGGAUGCUUCAUUUGGGGUGUGUGUGUGUGUGGGGGUGGGGGGGAGUUGAAGUAGGAAAACAAUUUCCCUUUUUUGGCGAAUUAUUCCUCCUCACCCCUUCCCAUAUCAUAAAGGAGAGUUGUUUUCAUGAUGGGGACAUGGAUGGGGGGAAUAACAGGAAAACAGAGGAAAAUGGUUUUUCUCCUUCAACCCACUACCCACCUCCAUAAAAUGGGCUAUCUACCACCCUCUAGUGGACUCCACUCGGAUAAUGGAACGGUACCGUAUUAUCUUUUACAGAAGUCACAUCUUGAUUUCUGUUUUUAGGCAGGAUAUGGAAAGUGUGAACCAUUGGCCACAAGGCAUCCUUGGGCAAUCCUGUGGAUGAUGUGACCCUGCAAGGGUCCCUAGGAAGCCAAUGCUGCAGUUGCUUACCCCGGUUUAAAGGAUAUAUUCCCUUCAAACUACAGCUUUAUUAAGGUUGCAGUCAUUUACACCUUUACCUGGGUUUUCAUGUGUGUGUGCCUCAAAAUUAUCUGUUCACUGAUGAAUUUCAAAGGAUAUUCUCAGGCCAGGAAUAUUCAGAGGUCAUUUAUCAUUUCCUUUCUCUGAAAUAUAGCCUAUUCUUUGCAAAGGAGAUCACUUUUUCAAAUACUAACCAGGGCUUAUUCAGCUUAGUACUUGUAUGCAUUACUUAACUACAGAACAGAAGAAGUGGACUCAUUCUUAAACUGUAAAUUGUUUUGUGUAUUCCAGAGAUGAAGGAAUAUCUGGGAUGAAUUUUCAUUACAGUAGAAUCUCACUUAUCCAACAUAAACGGGCUGGCAGAAUGUUGGAUAAGCAAAUAUGUUGGAUAAUAAGGAGGGAUUAAGGAAAAGCCUAUUACACAUAAACUUAGAUUAUGAUUUUACAAAUUAAGCACCAAAACAUCAUGUUAACAACAAAUUUGACAGAAAAAGUAGUUCAAUACGCAGUAAUGCUAUGUAGUAAUUACUGUAUUUACGAAUUUAGCACCAAAAUAUCACGAUGUAUUGAAAACAUUGACUACAAAAAUGCAUUGGAUAAUCCAGAACGUUGGAUAAGUGAGACUCUACUGUAUUUCCAUCUACAAAGUCAUGUACAAAGACAAUAGAUGCAUGUAAGCUUCAUGGGAGCUACAAGUGAAGUGAGAGAAUUUACCUUUCCCCACAACCAAUAUUUUAUUUAAAAUCAUUGUUAAAAAUAAUGAAUGAGAUUUUAGAGUAGAGGGUACCAAGGAAAGGUCCAGAUCUUAUUGAUACAUCUAGACUUUUGCAGGUAUGGAGCAAUAGGGAUUGUCUCCUGGGAUCUCCAUUCGGGAGCCAAACCAGCAGUCCCCACUACCAUCCCUCCUCCCCAGUCUCAGAACAGAGGGAUGGUAGUGGGGAGGGAUGACAAUGGCAACAAAGGAACAGAGGGAUGACAAUGGCAACCCCCCCCCCCCCGCCAAUUUAAUUUUUAAUAACAAAAAAAGUCUCCAUAGGAGCUGUGAGGCUUAGAUUACCUUCCUUGGGCUGGAAAAUGAAACUAAAGAACUUUGGAGGAGGAGUUCCCCCUCCCUUCUCCAAAGUUAUUUAUUUUCUUUUUAAAAGCUAAAUGGGGCAGGGAGGGGAGGGGGAUAAUUUCCAUGCCCACUCCUGACUAUUACAAAUCAGUAGGGGCAGAUAAUCUAGUAACAUUGCAGCCAAAAAAGGCAGGGGUUGGGGAUGCCAUCUGGCCUCUACAGCAAGUGAAACUGGCAUUUAAAAUACCGGCUUCACUUGCAUUUUAGGCCUGUGUAGAAGGGACCUUAGACAGUGUUUUGACCUUCUUUUUCAUUGAUAAUAGAAGGAAUUUUGAAUUGAGGGUGUAUUUAAAAAUUGCCAAGGAUCAUGUUGCAAAUGGUUUGGAAGAGAGUUUACAUAUAUUAUUCCAUGCAUAACAUUAAUUUCUAUGAGUAAUGUUACACUAUUUUUGUUUCAUGAAAUCCACAUUGGAUACAUUUAUAUAUAUAUAGUGUCAAUGUUCAAAUUAUGGUGUCUGAAAUUUUCAAUUUAUCAUAUCUGAAAUUUUUUGGCCUAUAACCAUCUGUGAGAUUGGUUAAUACAGUAUAUUGCUUUAUAAACCAUUUCUGAACUUCGUAUUUUAUCAGCAUUGUGGAAAACCUGAAGUGUAAAUAAAAUCAUUAAUGAUGAUAUCAUUGUUAUUCUUGAAACAUCCAUCACUGCUGUUCAAAACAUACAAUCAAAUAUGAAACAUUAUUUCUAACACAAAUAAGAAAAAUGUUUCUUUGACGGGGUAUUCCAUUUUUCCAACUGUGAAGGAAACACACACUUUCCCAAGGUCUAGUUUAAAUCUAGCCUUUUAUGAUACCUGAGAAUUGUAACCCAACCAAAGAACAUUUCCUAAGCUUGGCUUUGAACAGCAACCAAGCUACAGUAGCUAGUUACAUAUCUAGUGAACACCUUUUCAAACAUUUCAUGUCGGUGACACACUUUUUAGACAUGCAUCCUUUUGUGGCACGGUAAUUCAAUUUCACUUCCAAACCAAAGUUAAACACAAGAGUUUUUUGUUUUGUUUUUUUACAAUAUAUAUACAUUCAGUUCCCAAGUUAUAAACAAGAUAGGGUCUGUAAGCUUGUCCUUAAGAUUAGUAUAUAAGUCGAAACAGCUACUUUUUAAAAGUGUAACUCCAGCAAAAUAUAUAUACAUGACACACACACACUUUGAGUAGGGAAGGAUUAACGGCCCUAUGUUGUUUGUUUUGCUAUCUGUGACUCUGUUCACUUUCUGUUCUUGUGAUAAUUGGAUUUUGAAAAUUUUGGCUUCAGUGGAGACUCCUUUUUUCCAUGAGAACUAUUUCAGGAGUGAAUUUCCCUUUGUGGGGGUAGAUUUCUCUCACUUCUUGUUGUCUCACUCCAGUUUGUAACUAUUAGUCAUUUGUAAGUUGGAUGUUUGUAACUCAGGAACUGCCUGUAUAAUAUAUAAUAUAUUUAAGUUUCAGAGUCUCCGGGCCCUUCCAGACAGGCCUUUAAACCGAGACCUGUCUCAGUUUUACUGGAGACAUCCAAAUGGUAUUUAUAUACUUAUAUAUUCCUAUAUAAUGGGGAUCACAAAAAAAAAUCUCAAGUGGAAGGGGGUCAUGAAUUGAAAUAGUUUAUGAAGCUAUGAAGGUUGAAGCUGAAUUAUGCUCUCCUGUUGUAUCUCUUGGAAUGCUGACCUUUCUUUAUUAGAUGCUUUCAACCCUGUUGUUCAUGAACCUAGAACAAUUAUAGUUGGUACUUGGUGAAAUCAAAUAUUUAAAAUUAAUCAGAAAUUUACCACAUGUUUUUGACUCAUCUCACCAUCUGUUUUUAAGCAUAAAAUGAAAACUGUAUUUACUGGAAAUGUCUUCUCGGACCUACAGUGACUCAUUCCAGAUCCCUGACUGCUACGUACUUUUAUGAGAUUAGAGGGCACUGAUGAUCCAGCUAAAUGUAGAGUAAUGAAUGAAAGCAGAACAAGGAUUUUGUGGCAUAGCAUUACCAAAGGGAUUUCAGAUUACUGGUGCAUGCCAGAUAAAACAAGAUCCCAUCCAUAAUAUCUGGUUGGUGUGAUGGAAUUUAAUCAAUUGAGAAGUGGGCACUAAUACAUCACUAAAGCUUUCAUCAUCCACACAAAUAUUUGUUAUGCUUUAAAGAGCUUGCUUAUAUCUACAAUACUGUUCCACUUCUUUCACACCAUCAGGAAACUAUUAACAAGUAAAUGCAAACAUUGUAGUGUAGUACUGCAGAUCCAGUGGCACAGCGGGUUAAACUGCUGAGCUGCUGAAUUUGCUGACCGAAAGGUUGGCGGUUCGAAUUCGGGGAGCUGGGUGAGCUCCUGCUGUUAGCCUCAGCUUCUGCCAAUCUAGCAGUAUGAAAACAUGCAAACGUGAGUAGAUCAAUAGGUACUGCUCUGGCAGGAAGGUAACGGUCCUCCACAUGACCUUGGAGGUAUCUACGGAUAACACCAGCUCUUCGGCUUAGAAAUUGAGAUGAGCACCAACCCCCAGAGUUGGACACAACUAGACAUAAUGUCAAGGGAAAACCUUUACCUUAACCUACUGGUAACUUAUCGGCAAUUAAUGCUGCGUGUGUGUGUGCGCGUGUGUGUGAGAGCAUACAUACAGAUCUCAAUAAAAACUAAAAUGUAAAGUUUGCAUUUGUUCUGAUAUAUUAUAGUGAGAAGUGGAUUGAAAUAGUGCCUUACAAACUGCAUGUAUGCCAUGUCUAGUCCAGUCUAUAAAACAAAUGGGAUAGACAUCAUUCAAAUUCCAUUUUUUUCUUAUCAUAAAUUCCUCACAUCUCAUUUUUAAAAUCUAUUUGCAAAUGUUAUAUAUAACUCACAUGCAUUUUUCAUGUAGGUAUUUCCUAAUAUAAUGUUGUAUAAUAUUCCUAAUGCAUGAUCUUUCAUAUAAGAUAUUCCUGAUAUAUGGUUUUUGCAAAGUGCUGUGAGAUAUUAGCAUCUGAAUUGGUUUCUGAAUUGUUGCAGGAAAAGGGACAUUAAUAGAUUAUUUCCAGUAUGGGGAAAACCUCAUAAAUUUCAACAACCCCACAAUGCAACAAUGCCUAGAAAGCAGUGAUGCCAUGCAAUAGGGGUCAGACAAAUUCAGCAGUAAUCUAUCACUAUAGCAGCAUAACAGUAUGAUGUAAUAAUGUUUAAAAAAAUCAAUAGAUAAUGGGCACAGUCAGGUCCAGUUCUUGACUAAGUGUUCAUGAAGUUACGGUUCGCCCAUUAUAUUUAUAAUUUUUCCUAUCUUGCCUCACAGCUCAGCAGUUUUAUAUUUUUAUUCAUACUUGUUAAUAGCACUGUAAGCCAUCUCAGUCCUGUUUCUGGGGAAAUAAUGCUUACAAAUACAAAAAGAAUGAAUGAAGGAAGGAAAGAUCCCAAGCUGUUUAUCUUUCGUUAUUGUUUAAUGCAUGGUCCCUAAACUAAGGCUGUGGGCCCUUCAAGAUCAUCUGUCCAGCCCCCACCCUAAAUUCAGACUUAUGGUCGCCCUAAGUCUUAAAACGUCUUGAAGGCACAUAACAACAACCAUUUUAUUUAACUUGACUUUAUCUCAUCAGUCAAAAGCAGGCCCACUUCCCAUUGAAAUAGUGGUAAGUUUAUAUUGGUUAAAAUUAUUCUUCAUUUUAACUAUUGUAUUGUACUUUCAUUUCUUUGCACUGCAAAUAGGACAUGUGUACUGUGCAUAGGAAUUAAUUCCUUUUCCCCCCCCAAAUUAUAGCCCAGCCCCACAACAGUCUGAGGGAGCGUGAACCAAUCCUCUGCUUAAAAAGUUGAACAACUCCUGGUUUAAUGGAACGAAACUUCCCCCCACUGCGCAGCUGGGGGAGGGAAGUGGAUUUGCCCCCUCCCAACGAAGGAGAGACUUCUAGAUGGGGGCGGGGCUUAUAGGAAGCUGCCCGCCUCUUAGAUCACUCACUUUUGGAGCUUCGACGUGAGAGGAUCCAAAAGUGGGAGCUCUGGUUCUCUGGUGUGGAGGCCUGGGAGAUAGGCGUCGAGGGAGAAUUCUGUCUCAUCUGUUUGUAUUGCAGCAUUGAGGUCUGUAUGGGAAUAUGGAGAGGCUGAGGCAAGGGAGCCUGGGCUCACCCGGGCUGCCUCCGGGCUUCUCCCUCGACAAAGCAGAUUUUGUUUAGUUUAAAGUUGCCUUCUUCCCCCUUUUGCCUGAGGGUUUUGGAGCGGUGGUGGGUGUGCACGGGGUCUGCGCGCCUCUGCUCCGCUCCUCCCUUGCUUCAUUCAGGUGGCCUUGCAGCCCCCUUUUGCGGUGGGGAAAAGUAGCUAGCUUUGGCCUGGUUGGGGGAAAAGGCAUGAUAGUGUGAUUUGCAUGCUUUUUGAAGUGGAUUUAUUUUCUUUAUAGUGUAAUAGUAGUUUUGAUUAGUGGUAUUGAGCCUGUAUGUAUUUAGCUGGGUUAUGGUUCAUUUUUAUAUUGGACGGGACGCGUUUUUUAAGGUCGUUAUUUAAGGGCUAACACUUGGAAGAGGUGUUGCUAGGCAGAUUUGGGAGCGAUGUGGGGUGCGAUUUUGACCUGUUGCUGGGCAGAUUUGUAAGACGGUUAAGUUUGGCGGGCUUUUUGAAUUUCGCACUCUUUUUUCUGUCAGUUUUGCUGCGGUUUUUUCUGGGGCGGCCAUAUUGGAUGCCAUUUUGCUUAAGGGCAAGUCGGCCAUUUUACUUCAGGGCAUUUGCAAGUUAAAGGGGUAUGGCGGCCAUUUUUAUUGAGGGAAUGAGGUACUAGAUGGUUGGGCGGCCAUGUUAGUUGUGGGAAUGUCAAUAGGCUUAGAGGUGGCCAUUUUGGUCCGUCGGCCAUCUUUGUUGAGGGCAUGGUGGCCAAAUGGUCAAAUGGUUUCGGCAGCCAUCUUUAUUAAGGGAAUUAUGUCAGGAAUGAACGGGCGGCCAUCUUAGUAGUUGGCAUGGUAAAUAGGCUUGAAGGCGGCCAUUUUUAGUAUGGCAGCCAUCUUUGUUAAGGGAACGGUGGCCAUUUUAGGGAACAUCAUGGCAGCCAUUUUGUGGAAGUUUUUAAUGGGUUUUUUAAUGGCGGUGGCCAUUUUUAAUUUGGGCAUGCUCACAUCGUGUUUGCUUGAUGACCAUAACAAUUGAUGGUAAUGAUUGAUUAGUGUUAAAUAGCCGAAUGCAUUAGUGGAUAAUGGAUUAUGUGGCUCAGGUAUAAAUUCAUUGAUAGCAUAUACAGCUAGAUUAAUUAAUAUGCAAUUAAGGCAGUCUGAUUGAUUGAUGAAUUGAUAUAUGGGCAUUUAAUUUAAAAUAUUUAUAUAGUUUUCAUGGGGUAAUUUAUAAUGUUAUUUGAGAUAAUAAAUUGUUGAAUUGGUGUUUCAUAAAUUUUGUAGUAUUAAGUUAAUGAAUUGAUUAUUAUAUCAUCAUGUAUAUAUAUAUAUAUAUAUAUAUAUAUAUAUAUAUAUAUAUGCAUAUUGGUUUAUGCUAUUAUAUAUUUGAAAUCAAAUGGAUGCUUGGUUGGUUACCUGACUCAGGAUGUUUUUGGGCACCUCCGGUUCUUUGGCUUAGAAAUGGUGUGGAGUUUGGCUCAUCCUAAUCUCCUGCCACCCCCCCCCCCCCUAUUUUCGGAAAUAUUUUCUUCCUCAAUAUUGAUGCAUUCGCUGGUCUUACUGGUUGUCUUAUUUUACAGUAUGCCACCGAAGAAGAACAUCGGGGGGGCCAAAGGGCAAGGGCCCUGUGAAGAAAGUUCCUGCAAAACGCCCUCCUUCCUCAAGUGCUCCGGCAGUCGAGGAAGAAGACUCAGCCCAAUUGUUGAAAGCGCUGGUCGCUCGCAUCGAGUCGCUGGAAAGAGAGAAAGCAGCGUUUGCUGCUUCGGGAGCGCAGAUUGGUGGGGGCAGUAACACUGUGCUAAUAACGUCCGUAUUUUCCUGUAUUUCUGCCUUAGAAGGGGAGAAGCGAGCCCUGGUGCCUGUCAAUGAUGAGAGCCUGGUUGCAUCAACGCCGGUGGCCGCAGGAGCUGUUCCACCUUCUUCAGAGGCAGCUGUUGAGUCAGGAAGCGCUGCGACUAUUUUAGGUAAAGGGGACGCACACACUUUCCCCUGGGGAGCUGCGGAUUCUCAAGAUCUGAUCGCAACCCAAGCUCCUGAUGAGCCUUUUCCGUCAACAAGUGGCACCCAAUUAGCUAUUGUGGCUCCGGUGGUUGAAGCGCCAAGUUUGGUUGUAUCCUCUUUGGAUGCAACAGCUAUUAUUGAGAACUCAUUGUGUUUCUGGGGUACGGCUGAUUGGCCUUUGCCUGCCCCAGAUAGCCUUAGGCUACAGCUUUAGGCUCCCAUUUGGCCCAAAAGACAAUUGAUAAAAAUUUUAAAAAUGAAUAUAUUGAUAUUUUUACCCUGUAUUUCAGGGAACUUGAUAAAAAAGGAAAAGAUAAUUUAGAUGAUGAGAGAAAAGAAAUUAUGAAAAAAACGCAAAGUGGACCAGAAUGGGGGCAACUGGUUCUCUUGUUUGUUAAUCUACGGGGGGUUCUAGUGAAGGCUUACCCUUCCAGAGCCCAUUCGCUGUUUCAGCACAUGAACAUUAUUAAUUCGGCCUAUGUGAAUUUUAUAGGGAGUGCUUGGCUCUUGUAUGACAAGCGCUUUAGACUUCGUGCGGCUCACUCUCCAACUUUGCGUUGGGAUCUGGUUGAUUAUCAACUUUGGUUGGAAGUUUCAACUCCAGCACAUCCUAUUAUGGGCGAGAAGGCUGACAGUGGGCACACGAUUCAAAAUUACAGAGCUGGGCAUUUCUUUCACCAGCCUCAAUAUUCACAGCAUCAGGAACCUCAACAACGCUUGCUGUGCUGAGAAUAUUCUUCUCAGGUAGUGUGCUCUCAGAAGGGAUGCAAAUUACAGCAAGUUUGUGCCAUUGGCUCUGGGCAGCAUUCUGCCAAAAUUGCAGUAAAGGAAAACCCGGCAAGGGUGGGGGAAAGGGUAACCACGAUCCAAAGAGGGGUUUCGGCUCAGGUGGGUUUUCCAAAGGAGCCCAGCCCAAUUAAUCUAGUUCAGUUGGACUUGUGGUUAUCUCGUUAUCCCAAUUUAGGCGCAGCUAGUUAUCUGCGCACUGGGUUUUUUGAGGGUUUUAGGAUUCCUGCAAUGGGACAUAGAGCCCCUUUCCGAGCACUGAACCUGAAGUCUAUUAUUGGUAUGGAGGACAUUGUCCUGGAAAAAAUCAAUAAAGAAGUCACCGAGGGUAGGGUUCUUGGCCCAUUUACUUCACCCCCUACUUCAAGGUUAAGGGUUUCCCCUCUGGGGAUUGUUCCAAAGAAGGCACCUGGGGAGUUUCGACUCAUUCACCAUCUUUCCUAUCCCCGGGGAAGGUCAGUGAAUGACGCAAUCCCUGAUGAUUUUUUGUACGGUCCAUUAUACUUCUUUUGAUUCGGCAGUUAAGAAGGUCAGGGCGAGGGGGCCUGCAGCCGAGUUAGCAAAGUGUAACAUCAAGUCUGCUUUCCAACUUCUCCCUGUGCACCCGAUGGACUUUGAACUGUUGGGUUUUCAGUUCAAAGGGUUGUACUAUAUGGAUAGGGCUCUUCCCAUGGGCUGUUCAGUUUCUUGUGCUGCUUUUGAAUCUUUUAGCACCUUUUUGGAAUGGGCCCUUAAAUCAAAAUCGGGUCUAUCGGGGGUUGUGCAUUACUUGGAUGAUUUUUUAUUUUUGGGGAAGUCAGGAUCUGGAGAAUGCGAAUUUCUUUUGCAUUCUUUUCAGGAAUUGGCUGAUCAGUUAGGGGUUCCCUUAGCUCCUGAAAAAACAGAGGGCCGGUUACUAAAUUGACCUUUUUGGGGAUCGAGCUUGAUACAGUUCAGCAAGCUUCUAGACUACUCAGGGAGAAGGUAGUAAAUUUAAUAGACAGGAUUCAAGCAUUCGUUACCCGUAACAAGGCCACAUUACGUGAGUUCCAGGAAAUUAUUGGGCAUUUAAAUUUUGCAUACAGAGUAAUAGCUCCUGGGCGUGCCUUUUUGCGCAGACUCUGCAAUGCUAUUUCUAGAGUUAGACUUCCGCAUUAUCAUGUGCGGAUUACUCGCGGGAUUAAGGCUGAUUUGGACAUAUGGUUACAAUUUUUAGGUCAAUUCUAUGGAAUUUUGUUUUGGAGGCAGGACCUUUUGUUGAAAGACGCCCUUCAGAUAGCGUCUGAUGCUUCUGGAGCCAUCGGCUUUGGUGUAUUUUUUAAUGGGCAUUGGUGUGCUGAGCUUUGGCCCAGGGAGUGGCACACCAGGGGUAUAACAUCUGAUUUAACAUUUUUGGAGUUUUUUCCAAUUUUAGUAGCUGUCACGCUGUGGGCAGAUUAAAUGACAAAUUCCACCGUCCAUUUUUGGUGUGAUAACCAGGCCACGGUGCAGGUUAUCAAUUCGUUAACAUCUAAGUCAGUCAGACUGAUGGAGGCUCUGAGAAUUUUUACACUCCACUGUCUAAAGUACAAUAUAUUGUUUAGAGUUUUUCAUAUUGCAGGGACAGAUAAUUCUCUCGCUGAUGCUCUGUCCCGUAUGCAGAUGGAUCGCUUCAGGCAGCUGGCCCCCAGCGCAGAUUUGCACCCCCAGAGCAUGCCGGUCCAUCUUUGGAAAAUUGGGAACAGUUCAUAGUCAGGGGCAUGAGGUUAGCCCUGGCUGCGAAUUCCAGAGAAGUUGACCCCCGAAUUCUUUAAAGGUUUUUAAAACAAAUUUGGCUGCAGAUUGGGGAAUCCCAAUUCAAAUAUUUGUUGGUACAGGCGGCAGUUUUCACAACCCCUUUUUUAAAGCCCUUCGGGUUAUUGAUUUAGUAAGCAGCUUUGAAGGAGGAUUAAUUUUGUGAAGCAUCUUAAUUUUAGAGCUGUUCCUUCACUGAUAAUAGGCCAACUUUGGCCUUGGCGUUCAAGGGGUAAGAAUUUUGGGGAUUACGAUCCAAAAAUUUUGUACGUAUUUCUUUAAAAGCGGAGCCGCUUACACUCUGUUGCAAUGAAUUUUUCAGUGGGUAAAGUUAAGCCUUGAUAGAAGACUGGAGCCUAUCGGGCAUACGUAAGUUAUGUGCUAUGUUAGUUACACUGAUUUGUCUUUGCAGAACCUGUUCUGUUGGCAAAUAGACGUCGCGUCCUGAUUUGUGGGCACAGCUACGUACACUGAGCUGAGCGACAGGCGCACAGGGGUCCCUACGGCCAACUUCGCAGCCUCGCUUCCAUGGCAUUCGUGGAGAGGAGGGGAGGAAGAGGCCUUUUUGUGCUGUUAAUGAUUUGGGUCUGCCAAUGGGCAGGGGCCUGUUUUAUACAAGUUUAUGAAUUAUUUGUACAGGUUCGAUUGGCAUGCACAAGGUAAAGGAAUGUUUUUCCCUCUUACACGCUUGUUAUGGCUAUGUUUUUACAGAUUCGAUUGGCAGGCACAAGCUAAAGGAGUGUGUUCCCUCUAACACGCUUGUCAUGGCCUUAUUUGUACAGGUUCGAUUGGCAUGCACAAGGUAAAGGAGUGUGUUCCCUCUAGCACGCUUGUCAUGGCCAUGUUUGUACAAUUUUUGAAUGACAUGCACAAGCUUUGAGAGGUUUGGCCUCGAACUGGCUUAGCAUGGUCAGCAAUCAUUCCUAGGCCAAUCAGGCCCUUCGAAAAGUUUUAAAGAAUGGCAUAGGUUAUUGUAUCCCUCAUGACACCAUUAAGUUCAAUGAUGUGAAUUUGUAUCGGGCUGAUGGGAUCCAUCUGUCCGAACUGGGCAACCAAAUUUUCUUAGCUGACCUGCAAUAAGGAAUUAGGGAAAUUCUUUCGAAUUUGGUGGGGGUCAGGAGCUAAAUAGACAUUUGCUCCUGAACUGUGGCGGAAUGCUUAGGGGAAUCUCUUAUUUUGGUGUGCACCACAAGGCACCUCUGUUUUGGUGUUGGCCAGAGGCGUGAAUCCUCGCUUAGGGUUUGUACAGCCCCGGCGAGGGUGAACGAUUAUGGCCUUGGAAUGGGAGACUUUGACCUCAUUUGUUUCGGAGGCAAAACUCUCCAACACAUUCCCCUUUAGGUCAUCCAGGUUUAGAUAGACUGGGGACCUGGUGUUUCGCCCUAAAUUCAGUCUUAAUGGAUGGUCGGGUAUGACCACUAAUAUCGGCUUAUGCCUUACCAAAUUCUUAGAUGGCUAAGGAUUUUUGGCCCUAGUUCCAAAUUAAAGUUAAAUAGGUAACUAUCAAUAAAGUUGCCCAGUUUUAAACCCAA